AUGGCCCGUGUGAUGGGCUCAGCCUUGGCCGCAGCUCGACGUGCUCCUAGUCGGGCUGUUCAACGCAGAGCUCGCAAACAUAAGGUGAUCAUGGAGUCUGUGACACAAGAAAAGAAGAAGCUUCGAAGUGUUAUCUGUUUUGAAGCAAAAGCACCAAGUGGCUACACCUUCAUCCCAGCAGGAAACCCUCAGCUCACCACCUCAUGCAAGGAGCGGUGUCGAAAGGAGAAUCUUCAAAUCUAUGCAGUCUCGACUACCCCUCAUGCUCGCACUCACAACCUUUCUCAGCAUGUGCACCGGAUAGGAUACCAUUUCCCAAGCACCGUGGUGGCUGCUGUUUGCUCCGAGCUGGGCCUCUACCUCACAAGCACUGGAAAGACGCUGCCCCUCUAUGCCAUGGGCAUGAGAGAGAACCGCUCUCGGGCUGGCUCUGAAGUUUCCCAAAUAACUUUGAACACAGAUGCUAGAGACGCAAUCAGGGAUCUAUUUCCCAACAUCCCAGAUGAAGAUCUCAACCGGAUCAUCAAGACCGCAUUUCAAAAGGGUCAAAAGAAAGUCGGGACUGCCACCGAAUUGCCCAUGGCUCGGAGGGCACAGCUGGCGGUGGUUGCACACAUUCGUCAUACUAAAACUGAGUACGAUAGCCUUCUGAAAAAGUUGUCCUUCCAUGAGGCGCGACACAGUGUUGAGCAUGAAACCCUUAAAACAGUCAUUGAAUGGCGUGGUGAUGAUGAGAAUGGCCAGACAGUCCUUGAGGAUGUCUUCCGCGAGGUGAUCGUCAUCUCCGAUGACGAAGAUAGCGAAUCAGAAGAAGAUGCGAUCACUGGCACAGGCCAUCAGAGCACCAGGGUGGAGAUUCUUCCAAGCGACACUCGAGCUCAUAAACUUCGGACUCCGCUCCUCGGCAAUGCGAACCGUUCGGGCCAGGAAACUCCCCGGGAGCUAUCCGAGGAAGCACCGCCUGGAUUCAGGUUUGUACCAAGAAUGGCGGCAGCAAAGAAUGUUGCCGACCGCCGAGGAUUUAGCAGGUACCAGGCAUGGAACCGUGCUAUUCAGGAAUACAGAGAGGGCAUGCAAGGUACACAGCAAACUAGAUUUGCCAGUACCGCUGCUCAAAACAAAAGCCCGCGGUAUACCACGCAACGGAUUGCCGCUCAAGAAGCACCUGUUUCCAGGCGCCAGGACAUCGUCCCCCAUGCUGAGGUUCAACAACGAAUCAUUCCAGGCUCUGCCAGUAUGGAGAACCAGGUUCAACGAUCUACUUUACCACUAAUGGACCGGCAGAUGGCCAACGGGAAUGUAGGCGUCCAGGGCAAUUACGCUCCCUCGGAUCCUCAACAGAAAUCCUCAAAAUAUGAGCUCAACACUAGGCCAAUUGGACUAACCAAUCAGGGAUCGCCUGAACUCCAGGUAUUGGAAGAACUCUCUAGACCCAGAGGUGUGAAAAUGGCACUGGAUCUCCCUUCUACUAGAAUGGACUCCAGGUUUCGGUACAAAAGACUGCCUCCUCAGUCGGAAGACAGAGCAAAUGCAUCUGUGUUUGUGAGCGGACCCAAGGACACCGCCCAGAGUAGCGAAGCUCCCUCUGGACGUCGUCCUGACACCAUCAGUUCCCUUUACCCUAUACCAGGCUCAAAGCAACCAGAGCGCAUCCUGCCAUCCAUUGAAACCCCCUGGUCGCUAGAGAACCGGAGAACUGACAGUUCAGUUCCGUUGGUCAACAUGGCUAAAAGAAUGUCGCUCCGGUCAGUCACGCCAGGCCGUCCCCAAGGGGACAUGAUGCAUCUUAACCAGGAUAUCGAGCAAGAUGGCAACAAUAACAUUUCCAGCAAAAGAAGGCGUUUGCACCAUGAGGGUUCUCGACCUGAACCGCUUCCGAGGCCCACCGGGAUUCCCGUACCCGAAGGGUUUGGACCAAGAGAAUCCUAUCGUCGCAUCGAUCCAGCCUCGGAACACCGACCCCAGGAUCAAGUUCAUCUUCGACGAGAUUAUCUGCCAAUGGAGCAACCCGUUGUAGGACGCCAGAGGAGCCCCAUUUCUUAUGUCUAUCCCCCGCAUGCGCAUGGCAACCUCGAUGCAAGACCAUCGGAUCGACAGCAUAUCGAUGGGCCAUAUCAGCAUCGGUCUCAACCUGAAUAUCUUUCUAGUGUUCUUGUUUCUGAGGGUGAUCGCACCUUCAGGGCUGCACCAGCCAUCUCCAAUCCUGGAACUUGGCACGCUUACGGUGAUCGUAGUCUCCGCAUGCCAAAGGAACCGCGUUCACACAUUCGCAUUGAUGGUGGCCGUCUUGUGCCAGAAGAGAUUCACCAGGACAGGACCUUUUAUGCCGAUGGCUUCGUACGCCACGUUGACAUCCGGGAACCUCCUCCACUUGAAUAUGUCGCCCGACACUCUGGACCUGAGGCUAAGCCAACUGGAGAUUCUUCCCUGCCCGCUAGAAAGAGGGUCGCUGAUUAUCCUGACACCAACCCGUUUUCUUAUGCCCGGAAUUCCCCGGACCAACGCGGACCAUUGCCUAUGCGCCCACGAAUGGCCCCUGUUUCCCACAACCACGUCCGCACACUAUCCGAAUCCUCUCCGGGGAAAAGCCAACCUCAUGUAUCCCCUUCUCAGAUUCACAGACCACUUAGUGGCGGGUUUAUCUCCUCCCGACGUCCACCGCCUGGCCUCCCUCCAUCCUCUCUGGCUAUGGAGCAGAACCGACCUGUCUACGUCCAGCGAGUCGACUCGAGACCCCCCUACUAUCCCAUCCCAGACGGAAGACCUAUUGUUAUCGUUGAUUAA